AUGACCAUGUCCGAUUAUCCGCCUUUGACCAGCAUCGCCCUCAAGGUUCUCUUUCGGCAUUUUACACAGUACCAAGAGCUCCUGGAAGAUCUGAAACAGGUACAACUGCUUGUUUCAUCGGAUGACGUUGAGAACUAUAGGCAGGUCGAUCGUGACCUCUUUAUUCUGAAGAAUCUUACUGAGAAGUCCGAGCUGUGGGUCCAUGGCGAUCGACAUCAGUCCAUGGAAGGAAAAGAUCAGGAACAUGACAAAACUGACGAUAUCCUGAAGGCCGUCGUUGAUAUCAUUGACGAGCACUAUGUUGGCUCAAGGAAGGAUUGCCUUCGGCUACUGAAUCAGCUCUUGAUCAACGAAGACCGCAAUCUUGCCGCUAUCGCUCUACAGGAGCUCAGUGAUCGUACACCACUGAUUGCUUAUCCGCUUAUAAGACAGAUUUUGGUACGACUCAAGAAACUUUGUUACAAGAAGGAUCGGCCAGAUUCUAUGAACCAGCAGUUGUUGAAGAAUAUGCGAGUUUAUGAAGUGGUGCUCGAGUUUUUAAGUAUCCCAUACGAUAAGAAGAAUGACUUCGAAAUGCCACGGUUGAUCACGCUGUCGCAUGAAUUUCUUCGCAGUUUCUGUAAAGGAAACAAGGAAAAUCAAAGUCGCCUACACAAAUUCAUCAGCAUCGAAAAAGACGCCAAGGAGGGGAUGCUACGAGUGGAGACGGUUGAGGAGGCUGCCACUCUGGUGGCGAUCUUCCGAAACAACAGAGAACUCGCCAGCAACGUUUCUGAAGAUCUUAUCGCCCAUAUUUCCCGUAACGCCGUCUUCUUGGAGCUGCUCCAAUCACUGGUCUGCAUUCAUGACAAAGAAAUCGAAACCAGCCAAGAUAAAGUUGCCACUGAGAUCUGCUCGGCAUCAGAUGAGGUUCGGGCCCUUUACGUUGACAAUGCCUCGUUCGAACAGCUGGAACAAAUGAUGCAACAAGCUCCACCCUACUUGGACAGUUCACAUCCGCUCAAGUAUCACAUAGAACUGGUCAGGUAA